AUGGCUGGGGUGGAUGCGGCGGGUAGAUCAGGUGGCUUAAUUAGCAUGUGGGAUCUUUAUGUUUUUGAAAGCAAUGAUAUAAUUAAAGGGCAGAGGUUCAUUAUAGUACAUGGGGUUUUAAAACAUACGGGGGAACUGAUUAAUGUGGUCAAUGUAUAUGCUUUCAAUGACCCUGCUGAAAGGAGGGGUCUUUGGGAGGAAUUGGUGAUACUAAGGCAGUCAUUACAAGCUGAGCUGGUAGAAUAUCAAAUGGGCGGACGUAAAUAUACAUACCAUUCUGAUAAUGGCGUGCAUAAAAGCAAAUUGGAUCGCUAUUUGGUGUGUAGGGAUUUUUUUGCUAAAUGGCUGGCGGCUUCGGUUGUUGCUUUGUCCAAUAUGGUCUCGGAUCACUGCCCUAUCCUCUUGUCUGUUUUGGGGGCUGCUGCUUUGGGUCUUGCGGUAAAACUGAAGUGGAUUAAGUUCAAAUUAAAAGAGCGGGUGAACACAAUAAAAACGGAGGAGGAGUUGAUUUACAAAGAAAACUUGGCAAUUUUGGAAAACUUGGAAAUACAGGCUGAAGAACGUUUAUUGUCCCCAAAUGAGUUGGUUAACAGAGCUGAGUGCAAAAAGGUGAUUAUGGAGAUAGAUCAGGCUAAAGUUAUGGAUUUGAAGCAGAGGUCUAGGUUAAAGUGGGCCAUUGAAGGGGAUGAGAAUUCGUCUUUCUUCCAUAAUGUCGUGAAUGCAAAUCAAAGCUCGAAUCGGAUUAAUGGGUUGGUAAUUAAUGGAGCAUGGGAAACGAACCCGGUGUUGAUCAAGGACUCAAUUUGUUCUUUUUUCGCUCAAAAAUUUCAAGAGCCUUUGCCCGAUAGGCCUGGUUUGAUAUGCCCGUGUUUAAAUCGAAUUUCGGCAUCUGAUGGUGAGUUAUUGGCAGCCCCGUUUUCGUUAUUGGAAAUCAAGGAAGCCGUGUGGGAAUGUGGUGGAGAUAAGGCGCCGGGCCCGGACGGUAUUAAUUUCAGGUUCAUUAACCGGGUUUGGGCAUCCUUACAAGCAGAUUUCAUCCGAGUUUUUGAGGAAUUUUCGGGGAAUGCAACUAUUUCUGCAGGUUGUACUUCAUCGUUCAUCGCUCUCAUCCCUAAGUGCUCGGACCCAGAUGGCAUGGGAGAUUUUAGACCUAUUAGUCUUAUAAGUUGUAUAAACAAGGUGAUAUCUAAAGUACUGGCGAAUAGAAUGAAGUUGGUAAUAAAUAAGUUAAUUUCGGAGGAACAAACGACUUUCUUAGCAAACAGGAGCAUAUUAGAUGGGCCAUUGAUUCUAAAUGAGUUGAUACCAUGGUUGAGGUCAAAGAAGAUGGAGGGUUUUAUUUUUAAAGCGGACAUUGAAAAGGCUUAUGACUCGGUGAACUGGGGGUUCUUGGAAUCCAUAAUGGAACAAAUGUGUUUCCUGCCGGUGUACACAAAAUGGGUUAUGGCUACAGUGGAAAAUGCUAGGGCCUCUGGGUUUGAGACAAGGAGACCCGUUGUCUCCGUUCUUGUUCAUUCUCGCUAUGGAAGCAUUGACUGGCGUGAUGAAGAAGGCAUAUGGUCAAAUCAUAGUGUGAACAAUUUGAGGAGAAUCUUAAGGUGCUUUUAUCUUACAUCCGGGCUUCAAGUGAAUCUUGCAAAAAGCAGUGUAUUCGGGGUGAAUUGGUCGAAGUGUUCAAGAAACAAACGGCUAGCGAUUUGGAAGGCAAAAAUUUUAUCGUUUGGGGGAAGGUUGACAUUAAUUAAAUCGGUGCUUAAUGCACUUCCUACGUAUUACUUCUCACUAUUUAGAGCGCCUGAACAAGUAAUUGAACAACUUGAAAGAUUACGCCGGGAAUUUCUUUGGGGCUUAACACCGGAGAAGGGUAAAACGGUUUUGGUUGCGUGGGAUAAUGUCAUGACGCCAAAAGAUUUGGGAGGAGUUGGUGUAGGGUCACUAAAAGAUGCGAAUUUAGCAAUGCUUGCUAAAUGGUGGUGGAGGUUCAAGACGGAUCCAGAUAGCUUAUGGCGUAAGGUAAUUUGGGGGAUUCAUAAUAGUGAAAGGUCGUGGAACCCGAUACCUCGAAAGAUGACAAUAGCCGGACCGUGGAAACAAAUUUUUAAAGUGUCAAAGGAUAUGGAAAAAUAUGGGAUAGUUUUAUCGGAGUGCUUUCGGGUCAGUCCCGGAGUUGGAGACACGGUGUCGUUUUGGAAAGAUAAAUGGACAGGAGACGGGACGCUGCUUAGUCGCUACCCUGGGCUUUAUCAGUUGGAAAAGGUGAAAAACGCAGCAGUUUCGGAUUGA